CUAGCCAUUUCUGCAACAUACUUGUUCAGAGAACGGUAUCUCGAGCUCAAGAGAGGCGGAGCGCAGCGACUCGCAGAAAGAAUGGCGGCUCCCGGCGACAUUGUCAAGGCUGGUACUGUCAAGGAUGUAUCACCUCACGAGUUCGUGAAGGCCUAUGCCGCUCACCUCAAGCGAUCUGGCAAGAUAGAGCUGCCCCCAUGGACUGAUAUUGUUAAGACUGGUAAAUUGAAAGAGCUGGCCCCAUAUGAUCCCGACUGGUAUUACAUCAGAGCUGCCUCAAUGGCGAGAAAGGUGUACCUGAGGGGAGGCCUUGGUGUGGGUGCUUUCCGAAGAAUUUAUGGCGGAAGCAAGAGGAAUGGAAGCCGCCCUCCCCAUUUCUGCAAGAGCAGUGGAGCUGUUGCCCGUCACAUUCUUCAACAACUGGAGAAGUUGAACCUUGUUUCCGUAGAGCCCACUGGCGGAAGGAAGAUCACUUCAAGUGGUCAGAGAGAUCUCGACCAAGUUGCUGGGCGGAUUAUUGUCGCUCCUUGAUGAGUGAAGGAUGUUGUGAGGCAGGCUUAUCACUCAAAGGGAUUGCUGUGCUUGGUUUUGUUUGUUAGAGCUUAGUUCUCAGCCUACUGAAGUUUUUUAUGAAUGAAGAGAUAAUAUAUCUUGACCAAGUUUUUGGUUUUUGUGUUUGUCUUGAGAGUUCAUGCUGCUAUCGAGUUCAUAUAUAUUGUCUUAUGCUCCGUCGUUCAACUCGGUAGAAAUGUUUUGAUAUCAGCACUAUCUUUUGUGUUUUCUCUUUCAGUUUCAACUUUUUUCUUAGUUACAUUUUAAUGGCCUUUCCAACCUGAGGUGACAAGGUCCUCUAUGUUGUGAAUUGUGAUGAAGGCGUCGUGUUUUCUUUGAGUUGGGCAACUGAGGUCUCAACCACGAUAGAACUUGUCACGAAAGGACGAUUUUGAACGAAUCCCAGGGCGAGCUCAACUGGUACCAUGCUUCUUUGCCAUUUCGACGUAAAGUACUGUUGCUUCCUGGUGGAUCGAAGUAGGAAUGUUCGUCUGGGCUAAAUACUCUGCUCACUUCGGCUGGUCAAAAUGAACAGGAUCACUACAAGAGAGAAACCAUGCUAGGUUGGGGGU